AUGACUAUGUCCGCGGUUCAGGACAGCCCCGAGAGACGCAGGACGUCGAAAGCCGCGCCAAGGGUCGGAGGUUUGGGCGACCUUGCCAACGCGCUGCUCGACAGAGACGGGUUCCCGACAGUCGAAGAGAUGUUCGACUUGCCAGAGAAAGCGUUUGAUAUUUGUUUCGUCAGACCCUGCGCCAUCGAGUUCGUCAGGGGCGCGAAGUGGAACCACUUAUCGUACUAUGCUGGCAAGGGCACAGACGGCGCGUUGCUGCAGUACCUCAACCGAAUCCUGAAAAUGCGUGACCACGCCGCUCAUGGAUGCACCUUCACGUUCGCGCAAGCCAGUGAAAUCGCGCCCCAGAGCCAAGAGCUCCUGUGCCAUAUGCGCGACCCCGACGAGGGCGGGAAUAGGUGCAGCCACGUAGUCGGCAACAACAGGUGCACGGGCGAAGUCGUUGGAGUAUACAACCAGAUGGUGGCCGCGGCGGGCGGCGGCGUGAAGUUGAAGGAGCUUGCUUACAAGGAGAUCGGGCUUUACCUCCAAGAUGUAGUUCAGGCGGGCCCACGCAGCCUCCUGCAGCGCAACACGUUCUGCAUCCAGUGCCAGAGGGUGGACAGCGUGCACGACGACUUCGCGAUGGACGAGGGCAAGAUCAAGGACAGAACCAUCGGCAUGUCGACUGCCGACGACGAGAUUCUUACAAUGGUUGCCAUGCGGCCCCGUAUCAUCUGGCUGGAGAACUCUGCGGAAUGCCCUGUGGAGGUGCACGCGGAACUGGUGGACAAGUUGGGGCUGGAGAUGAUGGCAGUUAUCGAUUCGCCGAUUGACAAGGGCGUCCCGGCGAGGCGGACGCGCAGAUUGUCUUUCCUAUACUGUGCAAAGACGUUCCACUACAAUGGGAAGAGUGACGAGUGCAUGGACCGUUUCCAGGCGUCUCCCCAGCUGAACGCGGACUGCUACCUCCUGGCGAGUGAUGAAGAUCGCCAUGGCUACAUGAGGAGAAUGUCGGCGAGGGCGUGCAACUAUUUCAGCGAGUCGCACGAGCGCAUUCGUAUUCAUCAAGGUGCAAUGGAUGGUCUCUGCUUGGCCGAUGGCACGAACACCUACGUCACAGACGUCAAUCAUGAGCCAGGCUUUACCAGCACUGGUGGGUAUAUGCCAGUCGUGACGGUCAACUGCCGUCCCAUCUCGCUGAGCGCUAACGGGCUUCCCUUCACGCCAGCGGAGCUCCUGGCAUCUAUGGGCCAGCCCGUCUACAAAGGCUUGCCCCAAAAAUUCCUAUGCUUCUGGGGGACUUUCUUCGAGAAGCACAGCACAGACGACCCUUGCCUCAAUAUUUUGCUCGGGAACGGCAUGCGCAUGGUCACGCAGGGCUGCUUCCAGUUCUACUGCUUGCAUAGGCUCCGUAGGUGCGUGCCUACCACAAGCUCUGCAGGAUCGGCGCCCACGGCCUACUGCUGCAACGUCUGCGGCACGACGGAGGACAUGUACCCUGGGCAUUGUCAAUGCCGCAGCCACAAGAAGGACGUGGAAACGAUGCUGACGACCCUCAAGGCGGACAAAGAUGAGGAGAGCCAGAGGAAGCACGGCGAGCUGGUGAAGCUGCGCGACGACGCUCCGCCCGAGCCACCUAGCCCGUUCUCGGAUGCCGUGCUCGAGUUCACCGAGAAGUUCCCGAGCAGGGGCAGGGGGAAGAAGCGCGGUCACGCGGCGCCUGAUGUCAUGCAAACCAAAGUCGCCCUGGGCACGAAGCUCGUGGGGAUGCAUAAAGGUCAGUGGCUGAAGCACGCGAAGGACGUGCUAGUCAUCAGCCAUACGACUGCCAAGGUUCAAUGGGAUGACACGGAAAAGUCCUGCCCCGAAAACAUGAAGGACAUGGGAGGUCCGAAGGAGGCGCCCCUGCGGCUUCCUGUGCCCGCCGAGGAUUACGUCAUCGGGGAGAAUGCUGUGUUCCAGGAGACUUCCGUGGAGAUGCGCAACAAGGCCCGCAGAGUCACCAACGCGCAGGACGUGGCGGCGGCGCAGCGCUCGCUUGCUGACGGCCACGCCGCGUUCAGCAACGAGAUGUCCGGGCAGGUCGGCAGGGGGGCCCUGAUCGCAGUUGGCGGCGUCGGUGGCUGUUCCCUGAGUGCCCGCGGCGAGGGCGUCUUCGGCGCCGGCGCGGGUGCUGGGGCGAACAUAUUCCAGGCCCAGCUGGGGCAGGCCAAGAGCAGGGCGGAGCAGCAGUCGACGGAGUCGCAGGGGCCGCCCCCAGGCAAGGCCAUCGACAUCGACAUCAUCCAGAACAAGCUGCAGGACAGACUGCAGGACGGCGAUAUCUAA